AUGUCUACUUCCCCGGAGAGGGACAGGGAGUUAUCCUUCAGCUCUUAUUCACCAACGGUUUUAAAUGAGUUGGCGGACAAAAAAAAGCGCCCCAGUUCCGAAGCCACUGAAUACCCCCGAAGACGUGCUACUAUUGCUUGUCAAAUAUGUCGUUUACGGAAAACUAGGUGCAACGGAGCACGCCCAAAGUGCCAACUCUGCACUGACCUUGAUGCCGAGUGUGUCUACAGAGAACCCGGCAUAAAGCUAGAUGCUGGGGAUAAAUUGAUCAUUGAAAGGCUCACAAGAAUCGAGGGACUACUACAGACUAGCCUAGCAGCAGAAAAUGCUCGCUUGACGCUGUCCUCGGCUUCGCCCGCAACAAGUAACGACAUCAAUAUUAGAAGCGAUGACGCCGUGGCGAAAUCAUCUAGGCAUCCAGUUGUACCUGGAAGAACAACCUGCAUUGUCGGACUCGGCUCAUGGGCAAACCCGCCAACAAGCAUAUCAACAAUGCCCAAAGUACACACCACCCCGGCACUUAAUCUUUUGAAUUGGCCCUUGAUUGGGGACUUGGUGGCUCGCCCAUAUAAUCCGCAAACGCUACUACAGUUAGAAAUGGCCCGUGAGCCGCUCAGAAUGGAUGCUCCCACUGCGCUUGAUCUGUCCCACGCCCCGGAUUAUAUCGAAACCUUCUUUGAAUUAGUCAACGUUUGGUAUGCGUGUGUUAAUCCAUAUACAUGGCCACGAUAUUAUAAUGCGGCUGUUUCUCUUAGUUUCAGAGAAGGUCCAGAGAGUUGCGUUGCUCUUUUGGUUUUUGCUCUUGGCUGUGCUGCCCGGUGCGGCAGUAUCGCUUUGGUACCGACGGACAAGAAUCCCCCUGGUUUUUCAUAUUUUAUGGCGGCAUGGAAUCUUCUGCCGUCUGUCAUUAUGCGCAACUCUAUAGCUGCCGCCCAAUGUAUUAUCCUAACAGCUGCUUACUUAUUUUACUUGGUCCGGCCACUUGAAGCAUGGACAUUGCUAUCAAACGCCAGCAUCAAGUUACAGUUAUUAUUCGGCAACCCAUCUCGUGUUCCUAUCCAAUGGCGGGAGCUAAGUGUGAGGGUAUAUUGGAAUGCCCUCCUAUAUGAAAGUGAUCUUUUGGCUGAGUUAGAUCUACCGCACUCUGGAAUUGUGAAUUUUGAGGAGCUCGUCGAUCUUCCGGGGAAAUUUGAUGAGGAUGAUGAGGAUUAUGACGACGAUGAUGCAGGUGAGAACGACGAAAAUUCUAAACAUAAUCUUGCCAACCGUGUUGGUCAUGACGAACUCUGGUACUUCCUAGCUGAGAUUGCCCUGAGGCGAUUACUCAAUCGGGUUAGCCACAUGAUCUACCAGAGGGACGACACCCUCACGCUCACUUCCCUAGCACCAAUCGUGUCGGAAUUAGACUUCCAAUUAUCCCAAUGGUACGACGGUCUUCCCCAACCCGUCCGGUUUCCUCUAUCCCACACCCCCAUUUCGCAGCCCGUUCAAACUGUCCUCCGACUUCGGUACUUCGCCUGCCGAACAAUCAUCUACCGGCCUUAUAUCCUAGCAGUUUUUGAGAAUGAGCAGACAUCCGGCGAUUCAUGGGUAAGAGAAUGUUGCCGACGUUGCUUAGAGGCUACCCUAUGCCAACUAGAGAAUGUGACUAGUCAUCGUGACGGCCAUCUCCCGUAUCUCUGGCAAGGUGCUCUAUCAAUGGUAUCCCAGUCACUACUGAUAAUGGGCGCAACUAUGUCUCCUGCACUCGCGGCUUUACUGCCCUCUACAUUCCGCGUCGAUAGUAUUAUAUCUAGCGUGAUAACAGAGGUCGACCGGUACGCACACCUAGCGCCAAGUCUCAAGCUAUCUGCGGAAAUACUUCGUGACGCAGAACGGCGCCGUCAAAUUUGCCUCAGGUCUUCGGGGGAAAUUUUCUGA